AUGACCCGAGAACAGCUUCAAAGGUUCCUCACUUGGAUCGAGACCCUCCCGCCUGGGUACACAAUAGAACUCGACGCGAUCUAUCCCACAACCUCGACUCUCCUCAUAUUCCAGAGCGCAUAUGCACUGUUUGUGAACCUUGCUGGGGUCGACUAUUUACAAGAGCUGAUCACCGACCCUGCUUACACCCUUACGGAUAAUAUCAUGCUUAUCCCACAGGGCGCUGCUGCCACGCCAACUGGGGAAUAUGAGGCGCAGUUCCCUACCCUGUCCAGAAAUCUCGACCUCGUGGUCAAUAUCCGGAUGGGCAUCCUGGCCGUCGACGUGCGUUAUGACGACGCCCCCGUGGCGUGGAGGGAAAUACAGGCCAAGUGCGAUGAGUUCGUCCGCCGCAAUGUCUUCCGCUGCUACCCACUGAUCCUCUCUUGCCGACCCUGCUCUAUCUGA